CGACGCCCGCGACAGACUCGGACCCGCCGGUGCACCUCCCCGAUCCGGAGCGUUCUCGGCCCGCGGACCGCCCAGAAGAGGCAGGAGGAACCGGGAUGCUGCCGGAUUUGGGGUGGGAUUGGGGCAAACGGGGGCGUAGCUGGCUGUGUGUGUGAAUUGAUAGAAAUAGUAGGCAGGGGCGUCUGCGCGCGUGCAAGGACAAAUCUGUGCUCUGUCUACGUCCACCAGCUGCUCUCCGUCUCGCCCCCAAGCCUCUUCCGGCCUCCCUUUACGACCUGCACGAACUUGCACGACGUAUAUCUGCUUAUUAUCUUUUAUCGUCCUCUUCUCGUCUCUGCUCUCUCUCUCGCCUGUCACGACCCUCUCCUCGAUUCUUCACUCUUGAGAUCUGCACAUUCUACACUCUCGUUUCCUACACUUUGAGACAUGGAUAGCUGGAGAGUUGCCGUUCUUGGUGAUGGAGGUGUAGGAAAGACGGCAUUGGCUGUACAGUUUACGCUCAAUUGUUUCGUCGAGACAUACGAUCCAACGAUUGAAGAUGCAUACCGCAAGCAACUCGUAGUCGACAAUCGCAUGUGUUUUGUAGAGGUGAUCGACACGGCAGGGCAAGAGGAAUAUGCCACACUUCGAGACCAAUGGGUCAGGGAAGGCCAGGGCUUUAUCCUGGUAUACUCGAUCGCGUCGAGGGCGACGUUUGAUCGGCUCGACGUCUUCCGGCAGGCCAUGUUGAAGGUCAAGAGACAGAAGCCGGUCUUCAUGCUUGUCGGGAACAAGUGCGACAAACAGUACGAAAGGGAGGUCUCGCGAGAGGAGGGUGCGGCGCUGGCGCGGCAGUUUGGCUGCGAGUUCCUAGAAACAUCGGCGAAAACGGCGCAUAACGUGGAACGCCUCUUCACGAAUCUCGUCCGGCUGCUUCGAUCGACGAAACAGCAGGAGCAAGGGGUGCAAGGCCCCGUACGAUCACCAGAGAAGGAGAAGAAGCGCAAGUGUAUUAUCAUGUAGGGCUCCCUCAGGACUAUAUAGAACUGACCCAUCUUCCCGCCUACUUACCUUCUUCUAUGAUACCACGUCUUCAUCUUUCUUCUCGUUGGGUUUAUUACGUCUUCGGGCUCCGUUACAGGGCGCAUCUGUGACCCUGCCACGACGAUCUUCUCCCUUGCUUCUCAAUGUACAUAUAUCCCCCCUCACGCCAAGUGGCUGUACAUUGAGCUCUCUACGUC